AUGAGGCUCUUUACGUGUUUCACGGGCGGCGUCCCUCCUCCAGGCGUCGAGGAGAAGCCCUGCAACCGCCCAGCGUGCUCCGCCGACGACGCGUCGUCGUGCGGGUCGGCGCCCGGCGACCCUCCUGCACCGGAGGGCCAGCCGCGAGGGCGCCUGGUGGACUACGACGACCCGCCGGCGAACGAACCCGUGCGCUCCUCCCACGUAGCAUGGAGCCUAUGUGGCGUCGCGUGCCCGGACGACGUGGCCGCGCGCGCGGCGUGGAGCGUGCACCAGCUGACGCCCAUCGAAGUCAUUGGCCGCGGCGCCAAUUCCAAGGUGUGGUUGGCCAGCGACAGCGUGAGCGGGCGCAAGCUCGCCGUUAAGGUGUACGACCUGAGCAAAAUGUCGCCCGCGGAGACGGCGCAGCUGCGCUCGGAGGCCGAGACGCACGGCUCGCUGCGCCACCCGAACAUCCUGCCGCUCUGGGCCGCGUUCCAGGACCAGGUCGCGUGCUACUUCGUCAUGGAGUGCGGCGGAAGCGACCUCUACGGGUGGCACUACUGCAGCAGCCGGAUCCCCGAAAGCACGCUCGCGACGCGCGUCGUGGCCCCGCUGCUCCGCGCCAUCGCCUACUGCCACGCCAAGGGCAUCGUGCACCGCGACAUCAAGCCGGAGAACCUCCUCGCGGGCGGCCCGGACUCCGAGAUCCAGGUGACGGACUUUGGGUUUGCGAUCAACAUGGCAAAGGGAGGGCGCCCGGUGACCCGCCUGGGCACGCUCGAGUUCAUGGCGCCCGAGGUGAUCCUCUCCGGCUACGACGAGGCCACGGGCACCCCCGGCGCGAUCCCCCGCGAGCUGCGCGACCCGUACACGGAGGCCGUCGACGUCUGGAGCACCGGCAUCGUCACGUACGAGCUCCUGGCGCGCCACACGCCGUUCGUGCGGGCGAACGCGGCGGACAUCGCGCUCGCGAUCGUGAUGAACGACCUCCAGCUCCCGCGCGGCGCGUCGGCGGAGGCGUGCGACUUUGUGCGCCAGUGCCUGCGCAGCGACCCGGUGCUGCGCCCGAGCGCCGCGAUGCUCCUCGACCACCCGUGGAUCGUGCGCCACACGGGCGUGCGCCCGCGCAUGUCGCGCUUCCCGACGCUCCCGAUGGUCCCGCUGCGCGAGACGCUGUCGAUGGACCAGGGUCCCGAGGGGGAGGGGGAGUCGGGCGAGAAGGGGUCGCACGUCUUCGUGGGCUCCGCGAUCUCGCAGGACGCGACCGCGUCGCCCCUGCGCGGCACCAUCGAGAACGACUGCGCCCGGUGCACCGCGGCGGCGCUCGUGCGCACGCCCUCGGGGGCCCCCGCGCGCCCCAACCCGCAGGCGCUCGAGACGUGGGACGACCUCGCGGCCGUCCUCCCGCACAUGCGGCCCCCGCGCAACACCAGCGCGCUCCCGAUCGCGAGCCUCAUGGACGGCAUGGGCGUCAACGUGCCCGAGCUGUGCGAUCCGCUGCUCGCAGACCACGCACGAUGA